AUGGAAUGGUAUGGAACGAAGCGUCUGCGUGUGAAGCUGUCGACCCGGUUCUGCAGCGUUGCAGUUCAGCGGUCAGACCCAGGGGUCAGGGGUCUCAGAUGUCAAGGUCAAAGUUCCCCGCCAGGAGGCGGAGCCUUGCAUGUCCGUCAGGGUGACGUGGAGCUGCCAGAUGUUGAGGCAUUGCUCUCUGUACGGCGGGUCAGGUCCAGGAGGCGGCAUUUCCCUCCCAGUAGCCUCCUGUGUUCUACCAUGGAGGACCACACCCUGACUGGAGAUUACAGCAAGACACUACUGUUACCAGUAGAGAGAGUGGAACACCAGGAUCUUCACUGCAUCUCAGCCCAAACAGUGGCGUCUCUGCUAAGAGGACAGUACAGCGGUACAGUGGGAGACUUCCUCAUCAUAGACUGUCGCUACCCUUAUGAGUACCACGGUGGACACAUCAGGGGGGCAGACAACCUCCACACCGAGGCUCAGAUCCAGGGGGCUUUACUCCAGCUCCCUGCCCUCUACCAGCUGUCCUCCUGGGGCAGAGCUCCCACCAGCCCCCCUGGACAGGCUCCAGAUCCAGGUGUCAGUGGUACUUCCAUGGGUGGAGUGUUACAGAGGUCCAGCUCACAGUCACAUUCACCUGGAAGUGGUACCACUCCACCAGGACAGGGGUCACCCAUGGAGGGGUCGUCGCCACGGAAACUGAUUGUGUUCCACUGCGAGUUCUCGUCAGAGAGGGGCCCACGGCUAUGUCAUUACCUGAGAGAGCUGGACAGAGCGCUCCAUGCCUCCCUCUACCCUCUGCUCUUCUACCCUGAGCUCUACCUGCUGGAAGGGGGCUACAGACACUUCUACUCUUGCUACCCGGAGCUGUGUGAGCCACGCGGCUAUGUUCCCAUGCUCCACAGGGAGUACAGAGAGCAGCUGGGACGAUUCAGACGGAAGACCAAGUCACGACUCCACAAGAGACUGCCGCUCUACAAGACUCACUGAUUGGACACUUGCUUGCAUACCAAGUUUCUACGGUUCCCUUUACACAAUGGUGACUGCCACCCUUACAGUCUGCUGUCAGAUUGGAUAUAUUGGUAU